AUGUUCUAUUUGUUCUUAGCAGCAGCGCGCUCAGUAAAUAUUACAGAGCUUACCUAUACAGAGUUUGUAGAAAGUUAUAUCACUAAUUCAUCACACACAUUUGCAAACAGAACAAAACCAAUUUAUUUCUGUGCUAAGCAGCCGUUCGAUACAAACUGCGCUCAUGAUAACGUCAGUCAUCUUGUCCGCGUCGUUGCUAACUGGGCUGAAUAUGAAAAGAUCAAGCAAGCAAUUAUUCCAAGCACAGAAAAUGUUACAUCAGAAAAUGUUACAUCAGAAAAUUGUACAGGAAAUUUUACAUUAAAGAAUGUCGUCUACGUAGAACUCAUUCAGAGAAAGCCAAAGCCAGGAAUCUCUCUUGUUGGUAACUUCUGGUUCCCAUUCUUCUCUUGCAUGCUCGGCGGUUUGUCCCUCCUUGCCGCAUACUACUUAUGGUGCGGCGACGAUUAUGUUAACCAACCAGAAAACUCCCUUAUCUUCGCUACAGAAGGACAGAAGUUAGUUUCUGGCAAGUAA